UUUACAUUUAUUUCCCUGCAUUUGUUGCACCGGUUGAAUUACAGCGCGUUCUUUAAAUUAAAACGAAAGAAAAACAAAAACAUGAGUGAAUUAAUAAAAAUAUUUAAAAAGUUAAAUGAAUACUUUGUAGUGAAUUUAGUGUGGGAGGAAAUCGAAGAAAUGAUAGAAAAUGUACAACAAAAUAAAGCAACGCCACACAACAACACAGAGGGACAACUUAACGAAGCAAUGCUGAAAUUUAUUGGCAUUCCUUUGGUGCAACGUGCAGCAUUAGAUGAUCAAAUUGUCUCUACUCUGAUGGAAUUAUGUGCCACAUUACGUAGUUUACGCAGCGAAAGCGAAUCUAGUUAUGACAACACUUUCGACUGUUGGGAUCAAGUUGUUAAGGUAGCUUCCAGAGAUGGUUAUUUGGCUUUCAUCUAUACCUUGGCAGCAUUAAUACAAGUGGAUGGCACAUCGCAAGUUUACAUAAAACUUUCAAUAUUGGCAGUUAAUGCAUAUUUUCUAUCACUUACCAUACCGGGCGCCAAGGGCUUUCAUAUAUUCGAAGAGGAAAUCAUAAAACAUUGUGUACAGGUGUUUACCUUAAUAGAACGUAUACAGAAUCCAAAUGUUUUAUCGCGUAUGUCUCGCAAUGAACCCAUACAAAUAUGGUUACAAUUUACGACAUUGUGUGAUGAUUUGAAAUUGGUGCUACGUUAUGUCCACUUCAGCGAUCACAAGGAAGCAAGAGAUGUAAUAUUAAAGAAAUUGAUUGAUAUACAGUAUUUAAAUCAUGAAAGGGGGUAUGCUAAUACGUAUGCUGCUAACUUGCAUUUAAAAUGUUUUGAAAUAUACGAAGAAAUGAUCAAUGCCCACAAUGGGGAUCCUGAACAGACUCUCAUGAAACUUAUGAAUAUGACCGUCUUCCUUCAUACAUAUCCAGCUAAACCGAAAUCGAACAAUCAAACAAAUAUUAAUUCCGAUUGUGAACACAUCUCCGACUGGUUUAUCAAAUCGAUAUCUAAAUACCCACGUUUAUUGGUGAAAGUUUUAAAGUUCUAUAUUGAAUGUAUUGUAACAAAUCCUCUUAGAACAUGGAAAAAUGAACAAACACAAAAGGCUUUAGAAUAUGCCGCUAAAUAUGAUGCUGCUUUAUUUACAAAAUGUAAUGAAUCAUGUGUGGAGUUCCUAUGCGAGGCUGUAUAUGCCGACGAGGUAAUGAUAAGAUCUCGAGCUAUAGAUUUAAUGUCGAAAAUUUUACAAUUAGAAUCCCAGGUGGAUUGGCAAAUGUUUCGUCAUGAAGUUUCAGCUAUACCACGUGAAAUACAUUUAAUUAAAGAACUUAUAGAUAGUUUGCGAGAUCAAAAUAAUAAUAUUAAAUUGAAAUCGGUGCAAGCUUUACAUAUGGCUUUGACUAAAGGUUCACCUAAUACGCGUAAAAUUUUAACCGAAUGCCUAAAGUAUGCACAAUUUUGUGAUACAAAUGUUCAACUACCGGAUGAACCUAGAGUGCGUAAAAAUGAAAUACGUUAUGAAAAACCGAAUAGACAAAAAGCUGAAUACACUUUUGAGGGUCAUGGUAUAAUCGAAUUGGCUUUUCUUAAUUUACCAUCUAAUAUUUUUACACAAAUUUAUCAAAGUCCUUUAUCGUAUAUACGAAGGGCUGGUAUUAUGUUUAUGGAACAGUUGGUUAAAUUAAAUCCUUUAAUAAUAUUUAAUACAAAUUUUGUACAGGAAACAUCUCGUUUGGUAGAGGAACCUACGGCCUUAGUGCGUAAACAAACUUUAUUGUCAGUUGAUGCUAUUUUAGAAUCCUAUCCCAAUUGUUAUCCAGUUAUAUGGAUUUGGUGUAAAGUUAUUACACCCAUGUUACAUGAUGGUGAUACCAAAAAUAUAGAAGUGGCUAUGGAGUGCUUUCGUAACAGGGUCUUAAUGAAUAUGAAAAGUAUUGAAGAAACCAAUAAAGCUGAACAUUUUAUGCCUUGGGUUAUAAUACGAACUUUACUAUCCACUCAAUCACGGUUUUAUUUGCAAAAUUGUUUUCAUUUGGCUUUACAACAACGUAUAAUAAGUUCCCAAAUCGUUGGUAUAAUUGAAUCUCAUUUGCUGACCUCAAAUUCCACCGAAGCUUGGAUUGUUUUAAAUUUUAUCUGUGACAAAGUCAAGAUUAAAGAACCAGAUGCAUUAAUCCAUCAUUUCAUAACAUUGGAAUCGUGGAAUAAAGAACAAAACAUGCUGAUAGCUCUAGAAGUUCUAGCCACUUGUAUUAAAGAUUUUUCUCAUACUGCCCUCAAUCAUGCCUUUACCCAUUUACUCACCCAACUUAAAGAGGGCAAAAUGUUGCCCAUAAUUAUAGGUAAAGCAUUCGAUUUUCUACUACUCAUCGAUAAUCGAUCACAAAAUACCGGAAAAACAAAAACCGGUCAAACUCAUCAUAAUCAAGAGCCAGAAAUCGUUUGGUUAACUGAAUUACAUCAACAUUUAGAAUAUGAAAUAUUAACUGGUAUUCAAAACUUUCCCGAAAAUCGUAAUACUUUUAUGUCUCAUCUAUAUGCCUACUCAGAGGUUAAUUUACAAACUCGCCUUCGACCUCAUCAAACUAUCAUCUCGUUUAUACAUAAAUACAUGAACGAAUGCAGCAAAAUUAAAGAAACUGAAAUGCAUUUAGAAAAUGAAAGACUUUUCAAUUCGAUGAUUUUAAUUGCUGGUCGUUUAGCUUUAAGAGAUGGUUGUGUAGCCUCCACGACAUGUGCUUUAUAUGCUAAUAUUUUAAAUAGCUAUGACCGUCCACCUAUAGUGAAUACUAUUAUAGUGGCCUUAACAGAUUUGUGUAAAAAACAUACUCAAAUUGUUGAACGUAUAGUGGGUAGAGUGUUGCGCAAACUAAAGUCACCCUAUGAAGUAAAUCGCAUGGAAACUUUUAAAUGUUUUGAAAAACUUGUACUGCAGGAUCAGUUAAAACUAAGAGGUUCUUUGCUUCUAGCCUUAUUGGCUACUUUACUGGAUGAAAGUGAAGAUAUAGCUGCUAGAGCGGGAGACUUUUUUGCUGAAUUUUUGGCAAAGAAAAAUUCAGCUUUAUUUCAAAAAUGUCUUAUUGAGUGUCCUUUCGUUUUCAAUGAAUAUAAGAAUUUUGAUGGUUUAGAUAGCUUCCAGGAGGCUUUUAUAAAAUCACCUUUGAAAGGCGAAAAUCAACGUAAAUACCGUCAACAGUUGUAUAGUCAUCUAAUGACUGAUAUGGAUGAUAUAAAUAUGAUAUUGUAUUUUGGACAAUUGAAACUAAUAGCGGAAAAAUCUAAAAACGAUCCUUUAAUAAAAACUCCUGAAGGUAUAGCCCUUGUUAAAGAUGUUUUAUACAUACUCAAGAAAGUAUGUCAACUAACUAAGGAGCAAAAAUUGAAUACAGAAAAUAGUGAAACAGAAAAACCCGAAGAUGAUGCUUUAGCUGAAAUCAAUGAAUUAACCGAAGUCAAUGCAGAAGGUAACAAUAAAGGUGCAACAAAUAAAACGCCUUCAGGCACGGGAGUUGGUAGAGGCAAGCGAAAACGAGAAGUAACAAUGCCUGAAGCGCUUACACUUCUAGAAAAAUCUUUAAUAUUUAUACCCACCAUUUAUAAAAAUAUCCAUAGUUAUGAUAAUAGCAUAGACAAAUCAUUCGAUGAUUUAUGUAAGGCCUUAGCUAAACGUUUUACUAACCUAGUAGACUAUGCCCAACCAGCUGAAUUUUGGAAUAAAUAUCGUACUUCCAAAGUAGCAAAUAAUAGUAAAGGUAAAAAACCCACCAAAAGAAAAACGCCCAAGAAAAAGAAACGUAAAGCACAAACAGAUACCGACGAUGAUGAAGAUGACGAUGCUGAGGAUGAUAAUGAAGAAGAUGAUAACGAUUACGAAAAUGAAAAUGAAGUAUGCGAAGAAGAGAAGACUAAGAAUAAAAAGUAUAGCAACAGUUCCGAUUCGAAUGAAGACGAAGAGGAUAAUGAACCCCUAAUAAAAAGACCCAAAAAGAAGGCUGUUAUUUCUACUGAACUAUCAAUGGAUUAUAUAUUUAAACCGAAUAUUUGAAAUACAAUUUUUCACUGUACCACUGUGCUUCUUUUAAUCAUAUUGAAAUUCACACUAACUAUAAGACAACUGGCAACUUUAAAAAUAAAACAUCCGGCAAUACCUAAAACUUGUCACUUUUCAACGAAUAAAGAAAAGAACAAAAACAACGAGUAACGAAUGUCUAAUUUCAUAUUUCACUUUGCGAAAAUUGUUACAUUACUUUUGUGGUGUUGUUCGUGGUCGUACUUGUUCCUCGCUUUGCAAAUAACAUACAUAUUUGAAUAAAAGUAAGUAAUAAAUAUUAGAAAAAAAAAAUAAUUAAUAAUACAAAUAAAAGAAUGAACAAAUAGCAAUAAAGUGUGAAUUUUUUUUUAAGAAAAACAAUUGCAAACUUUUUUUUUAACUUUACAAAUCUAAAGCAAAAAAUAAAAUGAAAAAUUAACAAAGUGAUUUCAUAACCUAGAAAAAAUCGACAAUCGAAAAAAAGCCAGCAGCAGAAAAAAAUGUGAUGUGUGUAUCGAGUGUUAAUGUGUGUGAGAGUGUGUAUAAGCUUUGCAGAUGAAAAUUUAUGAGAAAAAAAAACGAAGAAAUUUUAAAGAAAAUUUUUCCCUAAAGUGGAAAAGUUAUAAGAAAAAUCAUAACAUUUAGUCUAAAGAAAUCAUAUCAAUCAUAAAAUUAUCGUAAUUUAAUGAUGUUAAUUUAUGUUAAGACAACAAUUAAAGUUUUAAUUAUAAAUUUAUCUACAAUAUUCUAUUAGAUAGCUGCCGGAACAUUGUUAAACGCAUGUUAGCCGGUCAAUCACUUUAAUACCAAAAAAAUAUAGUAGUACUGCCUAGCGCUCUGCUAGCUGCGCUGUCUGCGUAUACCUCUGCCUUUUUAAAUUAAAAAAGAAAAAAAAACUAAAGAGACUUGUUCAUUGCGCCAAUUACGUAACAGUCGUUUUUCACUUUUUAUAUUACACAGAAAAGGAAAAUUAAUUUUCUUCUUAUUUGCUUUAUUUUCGAAUUUGAAAUGUUUUUUAUUUUAUUUAUUUAUUUAUUUAUUUAUUUAUUUAUUUAUUCAAAAACAAUGGCCGUAAGCCGAUAGGGCCUAAUUGGCUAGUCUACAAUUAAAUAUACUUAUAAUACAAAAAUAUUAUUGGUACAUUAUUUAGUAAGAAAAUAUAACAUAUAUUUAUAAUUUUUUUAA